AUGAAUUUAUUAUAUUCUUUGAAAAUAAUUUAAGACUGUUUUCCAACACAGCCUGAUCAUCCAGCAAUAAUUAUGGGUAAAAAAAAAUUGACAUUACAAUUAAAUAUUUCAAAUUCAAUCCAUUUUGACUUAGAAAGAACACAUAUGAAUCAAUAAGCAUUAUAAUGUAUUUAAAAAGAGAGAAAUAACGUAAUAGGAAUGUUCAGAACAUUCGAAAAAGAGCUACAUCCUGAACAACAAUGGUUUUUAAGAAUGUAUAAAGAAAAUAAUUUAUCAUAAUCGGUAAACAUCAAAUAGCUUCCCUUUGCGCAGACUUAAGAAUUUACUUUUAACGAGAAUCUUUUAAAUUAACUGAUUCCAUAGGUAGAAUAGAUUGAUUAACAAAUAUAAAAUGUGAAGUAAGCAAAAUACUAUCAUGUUCCUAGUGAAUAAGAGAUUAAAAAAAAUGCAGAGUAAUUUUAAGCCAUGACUUUGACAAAAGUACUUCUAAGUUACCCAAAGAACUCUAACUCCUUGCCUCCUAAUUCAAGAGGCUCCUAGAUGCAACCAAAUGGGGGGAACACAUUUUAAAGUUGUCAGAAUAUAGCUAAUACUAAUGCAAAUAAAAGAACAAAUUGA